GGAAAAUUAAUGUUAGACUGAUCACUUCCUCAAUUUUAAGUGAUGACAUGAUCUGUAAUUCUACACAGCACUGUUUUAUGAACGCCGUACCUACGUUUCCUACGGUUGUGCAAUCACCCAUUUCAAGUGUUGAUUAUAUUUCAUGCCUAGUAGUUUAGUUUGAUCUGAACUAUGAAAAGUAGAGGAAGAGGAAUUAGAAAUACUAUUAGAAUGGGUACAGAUAAGAAAACCGUCACCUCAGAAAUGGAGGAAAAGAAACUUGAGAAAGAUGACCGUCUCUCCAAACGCCUGUGUUACAUCCUCAGAUAUGGUGCCUUAAAAGAGGGGCUCAAAUUGUAUCAUGGAGAUUUUGUGGAGCUAGACCAGCUUCUGGAAUUAGAGUUAAUGAGACACAACUCAAAAGAAGAAGUGAUUCACGAAGUGGAUAUCUCUCUUUCUCACAGGAAUGCAAAGAGAUUCGAACGAAAGGAAGAGAACGGAAAGAUCUACGUCAGAGCCUGCUUCUGUAGGAACUUUGAGGAGAACCCCUGCCAUGAAGGGUCCAGAGUGCCUAGGCUAACAGAAUCCUGUGUACAAUACAUAUGUACUAAUCUAAAUGAUUAUGACCUUGAAGACUUUCCUGAUGAGCACCUAGUAAGUAAGAUGAUUCAGAAGAUGAAGAAACAGAGUAAGUUAAACAGUGCUGCAUUGCGACAACUCCUUGUUCCCGUGCUGGAACAUCUAGAUUUGUCCGGAGUCUACGUUACCGAGAGCACACUGAGGCUGGUGUGGAGGAACUGUCCAAAUCUCCGCGUUCUCAGUCUGAAGGAUUGUGGGUAUUUAAUGACAGACAGUGUCAUGGAGCAGCUAGUCAAGAAACUACCUCAUCUGGAGUCAUUAAGCCUGUGCGCCUGUAAACACUUAACAGAUAGAGCAGCCAAGGCUCUGUGUAAACAUGCCAAAAACCUCAGGGAGCUGAAUCUUAGCUGGAUCUCUACGAUCUCAGAGGCCGCUAUCAUAGAUCUCAUGACAAACUGUCCACAACUCGUGUUCCUAGAUAUUUACGAUCACAAUAUAUCAAAGGACGGGAGGAGUAUAAUAGCUGAUAUAGCCAGACAGCGUAAAAUGAAAAUAGUGUUGAAAGGUUUGACAGACCUUGAGAUUGCCCCUGAGAAUCCUUGCUCCCUGCUGCCUAACUUUGGAAAAGUGUGGUAAAAUGUGAUCAGGUGCUGCUAUAAUUACAUGUAUUGUUAUCCCUGUGUUACACUGUGAUAGAUUGACAAGUUUUUCAUUUGAUAAUUGGAUUUUCAUUUUUAUUUUAUGAAAAAUGUGAUAUUAUAGUUCUAGAAAAUUUUUGGAAAACUUGCUGUUAUAAAUAAUUUCCACUUAUGACAUUAUGAUUUUAUGUGCCCAUAGAAUCUGUGAUAUUUAGCUCACUUUGCUAACAGUGAUGUAUUAUCAAGAAUUAAAUAUACAUGUACAAGUAUUUUUUUACUGUUUUGUCAUGGAAACAUUUCAUAAUUAAACAGCAUACAUAUAAAUUGGCAGUUUUUUAAGAAUCUAAUUUUGUUUCUUUUUAAAUUUCUUUUUUGUUCAUGUAUUUCACAAUUUUUCUAUUAUAAUAGGUGGAAUAUGCAUGAAAAUGUCAAAAUGGAUUUAAACCUACAUGUAUACAUAUGUAUAAUGCUCAGUGAGUCGGGAUUGUUGUAUUAUUGGAGUCAACCUAUUAAUACAUACAUGUUGUGUAUACAUGUAUAUAUUUAAUAUACACAUAAUUGUUCCUUUUACUCAUAUUAAUU